AUGUCUCGUACGUCCAGGAACGGCGGGAGAUAGUGGAUUUGGAAUGGCUGUCCCACCCUCCAUCGAAUAAGUGAGCCCCGGGGGCUCCGGGGGACGACACGGCCUGCCUGCCUACUGUAUUUAAUCGAACGCACUCCCCCGUUUCCAUCCCCAUCCGCAACACACCGGCAGUCGCAGUCGCAGCAGCAGCAGCAGCAGCAGCAGCAGCAUCGAAAAGCCAAGAAAGUCGAAGUCGAAGCCGAAAGCAUACACGCGCCGUGUGCGACACCACCGUUGGAUAAGGACAAGCACGAACGAUCCUCGCACCGCCGCCGCCGCAGACCCAAAAGAUGAGUCUCCGACGGAGUGUCGACAACGCCGAUGCGGAGAAGGGCGCUCCGCCGUUGAAGCCCGCCGUCGAGGAGGAUGAGCGCCUCGCCGAUGUCCACCAUGAUCUUACGAGAGGCCUCAAGGCCAGGCAUAUCACCAUGAUCGCCAUUGGAGGAGCGAUCGGUACUGGGUUGAUCAUUGGAACUGGUUCGGCGCUUGCGCAAGCGGGUCCCGCUCCGGUCCUCAUCUCGUACACCAUCGUCGGUUUCCUGGUCUAUCUGGUCAUGUGCGCUCUGGGCGAGAUGGCCUCUUGGCUACCGCUGGGAUCGGGCUUCACUGGUUAUGCGACGCGGUUUUGCGAUCCCGCGCUGGGAUUUGCUCUGGGAUGGACGUAUUGGUUCAAAUACAUCAUUGUCACGCCCAACCAGCUCACCGCCGCAUCACUCGUGUUGCAGUACUGGGUCGACAGAGAUAGGGUCAAUCCUGGAGUUUGGAUUACCAUCUUCCUCGUCACCAUUUUGUUCAUCAAUUACUUUGGUAUCCGACUCUUCGGCGAGAUUGAAUUCUGGCUCUCGAGCUUCAAGGUCGUUACCAUUGUUGGCCUGAUCAUCCUGUCUCUGUGUCUGGCGCUCGGAGGAGGCCCGGACCACGACCGCAAGGGAUUCCGCUACUGGAAAGAUCCGGGAGCGUUCAAGCCCUACAUUGCUGAGGGGGAUACGGGACGCUUCCUCGCCCUGUGGUCCACCUUCGUCACCGCCACUUUCGCUUACCUCGGUACCGAGCUUGUCGGUGUGACGGUCGGUGAAGCGCAGAACCCGCGCCGCACCAUCCCGCGCGCCAUCCGUCUGACCUUCUACCGUAUCGUGGUCUUCUACGUCCUCUCCGUCUUCCUCCUCGGCAUGAUCGUCCCCUGGAACAGCCCGGACCUGAUCUUCGCCACCAAAAACGCCUCGACCGGUGCCUCUGCCUCCCCGUUCGUUGUUGCCAUCAAGCUCUCGGGAAUCAAGGGACUCCCCUCAGUCCUCAACGCCUGCAUCCUAGUCUUCGUCUUCUCCGCCUCGAACUCGGAUCUCUACAUCGCCUCGCGGACCAUCUACGGACUAGCGCUCGAGGGCAAGGCGCCCAAGUUCCUUGCGAUCACCGACCGCCGGGGCGUGCCCAUCUACGCCCUCGGGCUAUCCGCCUGCUUCGCGCUGCUCGCAUACAUGAACGUCGCCGAAGACUCGCGGACGGUGUUCAAGUACUUCGUGAACCUCACGACAAUCUUCGGUAUCCUCACCUGGAUCUCGAUCCUGGUAACACACAUCUUCUUUGUGCGCGCCCGCAGGGCGCAAGGCAUCACUGACGCGCAGAUGCCGUACGUCUCGCCGUUCGGGAUCUGGGGCUCGUGGGGCGCGCUAUUCGGCUGCUCGCUCAUCGCGAUAUUCAAGAACUUCAACGUCUUUGUCCCUUCGCCGGAGACCUACGGCACUUGGGACUACAAGAACUUUGUUACCGGGUACCUUGGCAUCCCAUUGUAUCUUAUCCUGUUCUUUGGGUAUAAGUUCUGGUUCGGGACGAAGGGGUUGAAUCCAUUGGAGGCGGAUUUGUUUACGGGUAAGGAUCGCAUUGAUAGAGAGGAGGAGGAGUUUCUACGCCUGCAGGCGCUGGAGCCGGAGGGCACCGGCGCGAAGAGAUUUUAUAAGAAAUAUGUUUCUUGGCUGUUUUAGGGGUAGAGCGGGAUGGAGGUGGGGGGUUUGGGUUUUGCUUUAGGGAUUGGGUUUCUGUUUGCGGGUUGGUAUUGGGGUUCAGCGAGCGGUUUUCAUGUAGUGAUGGAUGGGGAGCGAUGGAUGGAACUGGGAGGUUAUGUAAUGUGCUACGUUUUUUCGGGCUGUACACUCUGGACACAAAAUGGAUGAUUAUAGCUGGAAUUAAGUGUUUAUGGAUGAUUGAUUGCUACGGUUUUUCGGACGAUGUUCAUAUCUCGUAGAGUACUCGCGUCUCGGGUGGUUGGGGCUGGCUGUGUGUGACUGUGGCAUGGUAUAGCACUCACUCACUUGGCUACUCAUCUCGA